CUAGUAGCUCUGAGAUCUGCUCGUAGGCUACAAUAAGUCGUCUUUUAAAAAGUUCAGGAUGGACAGAAAGAACUGUUGUGUGAAGUUGUCAGUCCAUCCAUCCAGAGGACUCAUGGAUGAAAAAUUCAUUGUCCUGGUACAGAAGGUCCCCCCUGGUUUCCAGCUGACUGUCCAUGCCCUCCACCAGUGCGAAGACGGAAACAGCUGGGAAGCAUUUGGUCACUACACAGCCAAUGCCAGUGGGACUGUGAACGUUUCACAGGAUGCCAGUCUGGGUGGAACUUUUUCUGGGGUUGAAGCCAUGGGUCUACUGUGGAGCCUCAGACCAGUUCCAGGUAGCAAACCUGGGCUCAGGAUGAGGAAGAAGAAUGUUGAGACUCCCAUGGAGGUCACAAUAUCAGUGUACCAGGGUCACCAGACAGACGGCUUUGUGAAUCAGGUGCCACUGGCCAGUGUGUUGAUAGAGCGCUGGUACAUGGCACCUGGCGUCCGUAGAGUUCCGAUCACAGAUUGCGGACUCACUGCAACCCUCUUCCUGCCCACAGGACCUGGACCUUUCCCCGGCCUCUUGGACCUGUGGGGGGGAGGAGGGCUGUUGGUGGAGUAUCGUGCAGCUCUGCUGGCCUCCCACGGCUUCGCCUCUCUGGCCCUUGACUACCUCACAAAUAAAAUCACCAUGGAAACAGGAAAGGUGGUGGACAACCGGUACUUUGAGACAGCCUACAGAGUCCUGCAGCAGCAUCCUCAAGUCCUCGGCAGCAGGAUCGCCAUGUUGGGCCUUUCCUUUGGCUCUGCUUUCACCCUGAAAAUGGCUGUUUACUCCCAGGUUGUAAAGCUCAGAUGUGCAGUGUGUAUUAGUGGGAGUCAUGUGCAGCCGAUUGAUGGAUCUGUGCAAGAAAUACUGCAGUACUUUCACAAACACGGCUCAAAGACUCGCUUCAGUGAGAAGAAUGAGGUGAUUUGGAGAGAAUUGCUGCUGCCCAUCCCCACUGACCCAUCACUCAAAGUAGAUGUGGGACGACUCCAGUGUCCUCUGAUGCUGGUGGUAGGUGAAGAUGAUCAGAACUGGCCUGCGUAUGAUUCAGCAGUAGAUAUUCAGGAGAUGAUGGAGCGAGCGGGAAACAGCCACCUGCUGACUGUCCUGUCGUACCCGAAGGCAGGUCACCUGAUUGAACCACCAUACACACCACACGCCCGAGCCAGCAUGUUCAGAGCAGUGGACACACGUCAGAAGAUGAUGGCCCUGUGGGGCGGAGAGACGGUGGAACAUUCUCGUGCUCAGGAAGACGCCUGGAGGAAAAUGCUGGUAUUUCUGAGGGAGAAUCUGUACGGCGGCACAAACCCUGGUGCAACCAUAUUGUCCCACCUGUAACCAAGCUUACAGCUAAUGACUGUGGAGUUGCAAAGUGAAGUUAAAAUUCAGUCUUUUCCUCAAAGACAAUAUGAUGUGGUUCACAGAGGAAACACUGCUAUAGCCAUCCAGGCUGUAGUCACUGUUCAGGUGAUAGUUCUCUGUAGGAUCAUCUCUACAAGUGGCUCCUGUCUGACUGGUACUUUGUCAUGUGAAACAUUAUUAUCAUGAAAAUGUUGAUGAAGAUUUUUAGAAUUAGAUUUUGAUUUAGUUAGAUUGUGAUUAAUUACAAACUUGUGAUUCCAUUGGCUUCUUCUCCAUGGCAACAUCCAAUGAGUUCUAUGGGUAUUGCCAUAGAGACCUAUCUAAAUAAAGAGCUAAAUUCUCCAGGAAA